CUGUACAACUAAGAGGUCCAUGAUUCCAAACGAGACCCAAGGUCGAUCGUCGGCAAUCUCGCCCAGUCUUGGCAUCGGAUUCCACGAUCCAUCAUGACGCAAAACGUGCUGCGAGAGCAUCGCACAGCCUCCUGCUCAGCCCUGUUCAGAUGAGAGUUGAGGUAGCAUUGGGCCAUAGCGGGGGACCUUUGGGCUGGGCCUCUCCAAGUUGCGGCAUUCACGGAUCUCGCCAUUAAAGUGAUUCACUAGCACCUCGAGACGCAAUGUUAAGGUACUCAUCAGACUCCGAAGCCAUAGUGUGACCAUGGGGAAAAGGUCUCGCGCCUGCGAAGCCUGCCAAGCUUUGAAGAUCAAGUGUGAAGCCUCGCCAAUCAACCCGAGCGUCUGCGAGAGAUGCACUCGUUCCGGUCUCACCUGCGUACCUGCGGCUAGACGGUGGCAGAAAGACCGAAUCGCCGAGUUGGAGGAGCAGGUCAGCAGUCUGCAGGAGAUAUUGGACGGGGGGUCUUCGAUGCAAGGGCUGUCUGCAUAUGGGGACUCGACAAGGGCAACUUCGGUGCUUUCGACUGCGGAUGGUGAAGGCAUGGCAUUCUCGACAAACGCUGCAUCAUCUGCGUGUGACAGCCUUGCAUUUCUGGAUGCGCGUCUUCAUCACGAUUCCCAACUCCGAUGCCUCGAGGUAUGCUCGACGACCACUAGGCUAUUUUGGUCCAUCAUCCCCUUGGUUGACGGCAGCUCAGCAGAUGGCAGCUCAGCAACAUCACGUCUGCAGUCUAUGAGGACAGAGAUGCCAACUACGCUCCUCGCCAUGUUUGCCUUCGCCAUGUCGCCGACAGAUGCGGGUAUUGGCCAACAAACUCAAGAAGAACUGCGAAAAAAGGUGUUGGAAACUCUCGGUCUAGCUGCCGUCGGUUUCGAGAACCCCUCGCACGAUCUGAUCCAAGCCCUGCUAGUAGCCAGCCUCUGGAUCAGACCCUCUCUUGACGGCAACCACGCCAACUCCAUCCAGCUCGUCAAGCUAGCGCACGACCUCAGCGUGGAACUCGGCUUGGGAGGACCGGCCAUGCAAAGCUCUGCGCCAGCCUACUUCUUCCGCAUACAGGGACCUCUGCCGUUGGAAAUGCAGCAGACUUGGCUGGUAUCAUGGGUGGCUUCGACCAUGGCUGCCAUUGGUAUGAGGAGGACACAUGGAUUUGGCUGGGGCUUGUCACACCAUAAUGCGUUAUGCACAUUGGAGAAGGAGGCUUCGGAUCCUCUGUUCUUGGAGAUACUCCACACUGUGAGGCUUCAUGCCCAGAUAGCCCUUGCCCUGAAGCUCUGCAAUCCUGAUUCGUUUCACGACAUCAACUCUGCCCUUGUGAGGACUACUCAAGCUGAGGCUCGCGACAGACUGGGUGAGCUGAAUAGCAAGGCGCUUGCACAGGAUCCGCAACUUAGCUUCUGGCGUGUGCUGGCUGUCAUCUAUGUCAACGAGCCAGUGCUGCACACCAAGACCAAUAAGGUUCUUUUUGCGGGGCCUCAUGUUGCGGAGAGAAUAGGUGUUCUAGAAUUCGCUCAUCCCAUCGAAGUCACUAGCACGGCCGAGACAGCGCUUCGGACACUUGUGGAGGCCAGUCAACUUGCCAUUAAGCUGGUCCUCCACAUGGAGCCUAGAUUGAUCCUCAGUCUGCCGUCCCUGUGCUUCGGGCCGGCUGUGAGCUAUGUACUCUUUAUCCUCGUCAAAGCAUUCGUUGCAGUAUCAGCGCCAGGGAACACCUACGGCCAAGUGCUAUCCCGUGAUUCUCUCCGCAUCAGAGAGGCAAUAGGCGACCUCAUGGCUGUCAACGCUCUGCUUCUUAAGCUUGAUCCCCAUAUGGGCAAUUGGAACACGAGGAUCAUAGGCUCAGUCGAAUGGAUUGCGGCCUGGUUGGACGACUAUGAGUCGAUGAUAGGGCGGUAUGAGAUGAAUAUGGAAAGGGAAAUCGCCGAGUAA